AUGUAUGGUAUGUUACUGGAGAGCGUGCAGCACUAUGUGCAGCUGGAAUACGGAGAAGAAAUCUGGAAAGAAAUCUUGAAAGUUGCGAACUGUAAAUAUACAGUUUUCAAUACGCAUCAAGUAUAUCCUGAUCAUAUUUUAUCAUCGCUUGCAACAGCUUGUGCUACAGUGACACAUGCAUCUUAUGACAGCUUCAUGAAUUUCUUUGGAAGAUGUUUUGUGAGAUACUUUACAAAUUUUGGAUACGAUGUGACCAUUAGAGCUACCGGCAGAUUUUUUACUGAUUUUCUUGAAAGUGUUGACAACAUUCACACUCAGUUCCGUUUCACUUAUCCCAAGAUGCAAAGCCCUUCCAUGUAUUUAACGAAUGUCGAUGCAAAUGGAUGCAUUCUGGUCUAUAGAAGCGGUAGGCAGGGAUUUACUCAGUAUGUCAUGGGUCAGCUAUUACAAAUUGCAAAAGAUUUUUUCAAUUUGAAAUUGGCAGUGAAGGUACUUGAAAAAGCUAAUUCUUCAACUGGCACAAAAAAUUUUGUUAUAGUUACUUUUAGGCUAGAUUUUGACAACAGGUCGUACGUAAGUAGAAUAUUACAUGUAACAAAAGAGAUUCUAGGACUAUUGCCUGCGUUUCCAUGUAAGAUGUUAUUGGAACUGUUUCCGUUUGGUAUAAUAAUGAACCCAAGCAUGAAAAUUAUGGGAAGCGGAGACAAGUUCAUUGAUAUAUGGCGGGGAGAAGAUACUUUUCUGAAUAAACCAAUUGAACACUUCUUCACUCUCAGGAGACCUAAGGGUAUAUCUUUCUCUUGGAAAAAUACUCUUAAUCUGCAGUCGGUGAUGUUCGAGUUAGAAUGCAACAGAGGAUACGUAAAUGUAGACAAGCCAUCAAAUGGAAGUGACUCGCCUAUUCCAGGAACAAAGAACGUUCUUCUUAAAGGGCAAAUGAAAUAUAUACGAGACAUACAUGCUAUAAUAUUCUUAUGCAGCCCUGUAAUAAAUGAUCUAGAUGAACUACCAGAACAAGGAUUGUAUUUGAAUGAUUUAAAUUCUCACGGCCUAAGCAAAGAAUUGGUUCUUGCUGGAUGGCAGCACAAUUCCAAACUUGAGAUGACUUUUGACAAGGCAGAGCAGAGAUCUGACGAACUAGAAAAAAGUUACGAACUCCUUGAUACAUGGAAACGAAGAGGAGAUGAUCUAUUAUAUUCAAUGAUACCCAAAACAGUUGCUGACAGGCUUAGAACUGGGAAAACUUCUUCAAUAUGUACCUGUGAGUCAUUCGAAGCUGUGAGUAUUUUGUUCUGUGAACUCGUUGGUUUAACAUCGUCUACUGUCAAGGAAACCAUGGUUGUUGUAACUACUAUGAAUGCUGUAUUUUCGUGUUUCGAUGAAUUAAUGGAUAAAUUCAAUGUUUAUAAGGUUGAAACUGUCGGUCAGGUUUAUAUGGUGGCGAGUGGAGCACCAGAGAGAACAGAAUUACAUGCUCAAAAUAUAGCCGAUUUAGCUUUGACAAUGUUAAAAGCGAUAAAAAAAAUUACAACUCUCGACGGAAAUGGAGUUGAAAUUAGAAUAGGUAUGCACUCUGGUCCUGCUGUAGCAGGAAUUGUAGGGCUUAAAGUUCCCAGGUAUUGUUUCUUUGGGGAUACUGUUAACACAGCUUCCAGGAUGCAGUCGACGAGUGAGCCUGGUAAAAUAAAUAUAUCUUGCGGAUCAAAAAAUCUUCUCUCAAUGGAAAAAUAUAAGAUCGAAUCUCGAGGAAUUGUCAAAGUGAAGGGAAAAGGUGAAAUGCAAACUUACUGGCUUUUAGGAAAGAAACAGUAA